AUGGUUGGUGUCGGUGACGCUCCCCCGAUCCUCGACUUCUCAGCGUUCUACACCGGUGACACGGCUGCAAAGAAGAAGCUCGUAGACGACGUGCGCAGCUGCUGCCUCCACAAUGGCUUCUUCCAGAUCACCGGGCACAACGUUCCUCUGGAGCUGCAACAAGGCAUCAUGGACUGGAACAAGAAGUUCUUCGACCUGUCGCUGGAGCAGAAAUUGGAAGUGAGCAAAGACACAUCAAACACCUGGAACCGCGGCUACGAGCUCCUCAAGUCGCAAAUCCUCGAAGAAGGCACCCUCCCCGAGCUCAAAGAAGGCUUAUACAUCGGCGACGAGAUCUCCAAAUCGCACCCCUACUUCAUAAACAAGAAACUCAACUCUGGCCCUAACAUGUGGCCCUCCACCACGACGCUCCCCGACGUCGAAGACUUCUCGAAAACCGCGAUGGCAUACUACUACAAGGUCGUCGACCUCGCAAAGGAUAUACUCAAGGUCCUUGCGCAGACACUAGACCUCGAGGAAAGCUACUUCGAUGAGUUUGCAGAGGGCGCAGUCGCGACGAUGCGUCUGCUGCAUUACCCGAGUCAGCCCCCAGACAGUCCGCAGAAGCUCACGCGGGGCAUCGGCGCACACACCGACUUCGGCACCAUCACGAUACUGCUGCAGGAUAAGGUUGCAGGGCUACAAGUUCUGGACAACCAGACGAAAGAAUGGCUAGAUGUGGCGCCCACGCCUGGCGCGUUCGUCGUCAACCUGGGCAACUUGAUGAUGCGGUGGAGCAACGACAAGUACAUCUCGAAUACGCACAGGGUAAUCAACCAGAGCGGGCAAGAGAGGUACUCUAUUCCGGUAUUCUUCUCUGGGAAUCCGGAUUUUGUGGUGGAGUGUUUGCCGAAUUGUAGGGCAGAGGGCGAGGAGGCGAAGUAUAAGCCUAUUACGGUGGAGCAGGCGGUUUUGGGAGGGUAUGCGGAUAGUUAUGGGAGGGCGGAGAGGUUUAAGAAGGAUGCGGCUGCGAAGGCGAGUAAGGGGCUGGUGGCGAAGGGGGUGGCUGUUGCUUAG